AUGACCGAGUCAGCAAUUACUGUGAAGAUUGCACUUAUCGGCUCUUCGAUGGUUGGAAAAACCACACUUAUGGUUAAGUACUGCAAAGGUACUUUCAGCGAAGAUUACAUUGCAACUCUUGGUGUUCAAUUCCUUGAACGUCAAAUCACUGUAAAGAAUACCCCUGUAAAUAUCGUAAUAUGGGAUAUCGGUGGACAGAAAUCAUUCAUGGAUAUGCUCCCUGUCUGCUGUGAUGGUGCACAUGUUCUUAUUUUCAUGUUUGAUCUUUCAAACAUUACUUCUUUAACAGCCUUGCGUGAUUGGUAUAAGAGCGCUUAUGAUUGCAACCCAUCGGCUCGUGUAUUCCUUGUCGGAAACAAGUUCGAUUUAUACUUUGAACAAACUGAAGAAGAAAAAAUCGCAAUCACAAACAAAGCUAAGAAAUUUGCUCAAGCUAUUGGUGCUCCUUUAAUGUACUGCUCAAAUACCCAUUCCAUUAAUGUUAAGAAACUUUUCCAACUCAUCAUUGCCCAAGUUUUCGGUCUUGAUCCAAGAAUUGAACAGUGCUCUGAUCCAAAUGAGCCAAUCGUCAUUUAUUAA